AUUAAAACAACAGCGGGGUUGUUGUCAGGAAGUGGCCCAAAAAGUUAAUAAUGGACUAAACACCAACAUGAUCUAACCGAAGGAAAUAGUGGCGCAUAAAAACAACCAGGAUUUUUUUCGGGAAAACGGAUUUUAUUCAUUGUAGAUGUUUUCUUCUGAGCAGUAAAGCUGAAAAAAACAAGCGGGUCAUGAACGAGAAUUUUAACAGAGCUCCCGGAGCAGGGAGAAGCCGAAAUGUUCCAGCGGACCCCGCACUCCCAAGCACUGGUUGGGACAGCGACAGUCGGUUAACAUUUUUCAAUCAAAGGGAACCUUUGAGGCAGCCUCGAACAUACCACCCAGCUCCCGGGGACUGCAACAUAAGCACGGCCACUGAAAAUGGCGCUGCAGGUGGUAGUGGAGACAGUAAAAGACAGAGUGGAGGCCAGCACAAUGUCAAUGCCAACAGUCCUUCUGUGUCUAUGGGGUUUAGUAAUUUGGAUUCCUUGGUUGAGUCGUCCAAGCUCUCUGCAAGCGCUCCAGAAUUUGUCCCGACUAGCGUAUACCAAAAUGACGUCCAGACUUUCUAUGAGGACAAUGAUGACACUUUCAUUGCUCCGUCCUUGGCCGACAUGGUGCGGGAUUUCCUUUGCCACCUGAGCUCCUCGCCUGGAAUGUUUGAGUCGGACGUUGAACACAUAACAAGCGUGCUUAAUUCCUACGUUACUACAGUGGAGUUGUUGACAGAACUGGUGGAUCUGAUUUACACUGAGUCCACCGCCAUUCCCAACUUCGCUUACACGGGAGCACGACUUUGUAACUAUCUGUCUCAUCAUCUCAACCUCAGCCCACCCAGCGGGAACUUUCGUCAACUGCUCUUACAAAAGUGUCAAAAAGAAUUUGAGCAGAGAGAUGUAGCCGUGCAAGGAGACCCUGACACACAGAAAAAGUUCCACGCGUUUGUGCUCUUUCUGGGAGAGCUCUACCUUCAUCUGGAGAUAAAGAGCGGCAAAGGAGCUUUAAAUCGAGCUCACGUCCUCCUGUUCGCUUUAAAAGACCUGUUGAACACGCUGCUCUCGAGCCCCGUGGAUGCAAACAUCAUCUGCGCUGUCAAAUUGCUCAAGCUGACAGGUUCCGCCUUGGAUGAUGCUUGGAAAGAAAGAGGAAACCCAUUCAUGGAAGAAUUGAUCCAGAGGAUCGAAACUAUUGUCCUGGAUGCCACAUGCAGUAGGGAUGUCCGACAAAUGCUUCUGAAGCUGGUAGAGCUGAGGUCCAGUGACUGGGGAAGAGUGUGCGCCACAGCGGCCAGCAAUGCUACACCCGACAACGAUCCCAACUACUUCAUGAAUGAGCCCACUUUCUACACAGAGGACGGAACGCCUUUUACAGCAGCAGACCCAGAAUAUGCUGAGAAAUACCAGGAGCUCAUGGAAAGACAAGACUACUUCCACGAUUUCGGUGGAGAAAAUGAAAUUGAAAAUGAUGAAGACGACUUUGACGACGAAAUGGAUCCCGAGAUCGAAGAAGCCUUUGAGAAUUUCUGUUUAGAGUCGGAGAAGAAACGACAGCAAUGACACCGGCGGGUACCUCAAGUACGUUGCCCAAAUGUUGUGAAGCAAAACAAACUACUGUAUCAUAGCCUCCAAAUAUAAAUUGGCUGUCAACAAAAAGCGUUUUAACAAAGCUGUUUAUAGAUGCACAUCUGAUCCUUGGCUUCUGGUCAGUGUAGAAUAGAAAAGGCAGACAAUCGAUGAAAUGAUUUAUUAACAACAACAAAAAAGUUGAGGUAUUAAUAUUUUCUUCGUUCCUGGACACUUUGACUGUUUUGUUUUUCCUGCAGUAUAUUUUAGCCUUUUUGAAUCUAGUUGAAGCUCCAAAUAACCACCAAGAGGAACAUAGUUUGCUGUGACGUUUCUUUUUCUCAGAAGUGUUCACAUUUUGUUCAAACGUCUACAGUAGGUGAGUAUAAGUCUGAGACUAUGUUUAAAAAAAAAAUCUGAAUGUAGGAAUCAGUCGGUGGAUCACUUCUACUGCAUCAAACGUUCGUUGUCAUGAGACUCAGACUGUUUAUUGGCAAUCUACAGAGGCUGUAUAAAAGAAUGUUGUUUUAUAUAUACAGUGUGCUCAUAUUAUUUAUAGUAUUGUUUGCCUGCAAUAAAACCUUUAUAAUGUGA